AUGUCCACAACAUCAGAAGAUGAGGAGAAUGUUGUUAGCGGCGAAGAAGAGGAAGAGGAGUUGGAUGAGGAGCAAGAGGACAGUGACAUUGGUGAAGAGGAACAAGAAGAUGAAUCAAAUGCCGAAUCAGAAAAUGAUGAUGAGGAUGUAAAUCAAAAGGUCUCGAAAAAUCAGGCCAAUGGAGGUGACGCGGUCAAUGGCAAUGAUGAUAAAGCGGAAAAGGAUUUGUCUUGGAAAGAUUUGGGUCUAAAUGAAACGCUGGUCAAGGCAUGUGAAGAACUCAAAUGGAAGGCCCCGUCAAAGAUUCAAAAAGAGGCCAUUCCCGUCGCCUUGCAGGGUAAAGAUGUUAUUGGUCUUGCUGAGACAGGUUCGGGUAAAACCGGUGCCUUUGCCCUGCCCAUAUUGCAUGCUUUGCUAGAGAAUCCCCAGAGAUAUUUCGCCUUGAUUUUGACACCGACACGUGAAUUGGCUUUUCAAAUAUCAGAACAAUUUGAGGCCUUGGGCAGCUCAAUUGGUGUAAAAUGCUGUGUUGUUGUCGGCGGCAUGGACAUGGUAUCCCAGGCCCUGCAAUUGGGCAAAAAACCUCACAUUAUUAUUGUCACACCUGGUCGUUUGGUGGAUCAUUUGGAAAAUUUGAAGGGUUUCAAUUUGAAGGCUAUUAAAUAUCUUGUCAUGGACGAGGCAGAUCGUAUUCUCAAUAUGGAUUUCGAGGUGGAAUUGGAUAAGAUUCUUAAAGUCCUACCCAAGGAGCGGAGAACUUUCCUCUUCAGUGCCACAAUGACAAAGAAAGUGAAGAAGUUGCAAAGAGCCUCUCUGAAGGAUCCAGUCAAGGUUGAAGUCUCAAAUAAAUAUCAAACUGUGGAACAGCUGCAACAAUACUACAUUUUCAUCCCAGUGAAAUAUAAAGACGUCUACUUGGUGCACAUACUCAAUGAAUUGGCCGGGAAUAGUUUUAUGAUUUUCUGCAGUACAUGCAACAACACCGUCAAGACAGCUCUUAUGUUAAGAGCUUUGGGCUUGGCUGCCAUUCCCCUGCACGGUCAAAUGUCUCAGAAUAAACGUUUGGCGGCGCUGAAUAAAUUCAAAGCGAAAAAUCGUUCAAUUCUCAUAUCCACCGAUGUUGCUUCACGUGGUCUUGAUAUACCCCAUGUAGAUGUGGUGUUAAAUUUCGAUAUACCCACCCAUAGUAAAGAUUAUAUCCAUCGAGUGGGUCGUACUGCCAGAGCUGGUCGUUCGGGUAAAGCUAUAACAUUUGUCACCCAAUACGAUGUCGAGUUGUAUCAACGUAUCGAACAUUUGCUGGGUAAACAAUUGCCGCUAUAUAAAUGUGAAGAGGAUGAGGUAAUGGCUCUGCAGGAACGUGUUAGUGAAGCUCAACGUACCGCCAAAUUGGAGCUGAAAGAUAUUGAGGAGUCUAAGGGUGCCAAGGGACGUUUUAAGAAGGGAGCUGCAGGUGAUGAUUUUGAUGAUUCCGAACAGUUUACUGGAGCCCGCAAACGCCUUAAGACCGGUGGCGGCGGUGGUGGUAAAAAUAAUUGGAAAAAAGCCAAAAGGAAGUGA